CAUCAACCUGCCACGCUCCUAUUAUUCGUACCACUUGCAAAGUUGCCAACAAGUUGGCUUCUCUAGAACCAAUCUCCUUUUUCGUUCGGUUAGGACAAAAUUAACUUUAAUCAACACCUGCACGACAGCGAAAAGAAUAACCCAGAAGCGCUACCAAACAAGGAAAUAAUGGUAAUUUGCCAAAAAAACGCAGCGGGGUUGUUGGGCAUUAAUAUCAAUGCCCGCGGUGUCGGGAGGUUAUUUAAGCUGAUAAGAUUUGCCAAUGGCGUACUCUUCAGGUUUUCUCUAAAAAGUAACGUGCAUGCAUCGGCAUAUUUAAAGAGAAAUUCUUAAGGAGGCCGGAGAGGUUGCAUUUUUUUGUUAUAUAUAUAUAUAUAUAUCGAGGGUCAUGGGCGGCGGGAAAUGGGCGGUCAUGGCGGCUGCUGUUGCCUUCACUUUGAUCAUAUAUUUGCCAUCUUCUCUUUAUUUUCGCCACUCUAAUCAUCUUCAACCACCAUUUAUGAGGCAAUUAAAGAGCAUGCUACUAACUUUGUUGCAAGAAGGAGACUGGCGUACAAAAAAUACAGGUAAUAAGAUUGCAGAGUUAAAGAAUGAAGAGAAAAUGGCUAUAAGUCCAAACCUAACGUCAUGCCACCCAUCUUAUGGUCGCAAAGACUUGCUUGUGAAUUGCUGCCCGCCCAACUACCAAACUCCACAACCUUUCAUUGAUUUUCAAUUUCCAGACCCUUCACGACCUGUAAGAGUUCGACGUCCAAUCCAUAUCAUUGAAAAAGAUGAGACUUACGUUGCAAAAUACAAAAAAGCAAUCUCCAUCAUGAAGUCUUUGCCUUAUGACGACCCUCGAAAUUGGAUGCGUCAAGCAAACUUACACUGUCUUUUUUGUACUGGAGCCUACAACCAACCACUCUCUCAUUUCCCUUUUCAGGUCCAUGGAUCUUGGCUCUUCUUUCCUUGGCAUCGUAUGAUGCUUUACUUCCAUGAACGUAUCCUUGGAAGUCUCAUUGGAGAUGACACUUUUACUUUACCUUACUGGCCAUGGGACAUCCCUGAAGGAAUGGAGAUCCCCGCCUUAUAUAUGAAUCAACCCUUUUUUGAUGCAGAACGUGACAUUUCUCAUUUUCCACCACGAAAGGUUGAUUUGAACUUUAAUGAUGUUGAACAUGGUUUCCAAGAUGAACAACAGAUCGAUUAUAACAUGGCAGUCAUGUAUACGCAAAUGGUGUCUGCUGCAAAAAAGACAGAGCUCUUCAUGGGUUGUAAUCUCACUGCUGGUCAGAAAGAUACUGUCAUGUUCAUGGCACCUUAGAGCUUGCGCCGCAUACACCAUGCAUACUGGUUGGUAGUAGUUUAAAUCCUCGAAGAGGAUAUGGGUGUCUUUUACUCA